AUGGCGGCUCUGGUCGCCGCGUCGCCCGCCGGCAGAGAAAACGCGUUUUCCCAACAAAGGACCCCGAGAUGGUGGAAGAUGGCAAAGGCUGACCCUGCAACACUAUCCUUUUACGACAUGGCGGAGGUUGGGUGUAUUUCUCCAACACCUUGCAUUGCCGAUUGGCGCCAUCGCAUGCACACCGCCAUGCUUGAGAACUACAAGCCAGGACAACGGUAUUCCACCCCAAACUACAAUGUCUACCUAAGAGCGGCUGCGCUGGUCGCAGCCUUAUUGCAGGAAUUAGCAGACCGUCCUCAGCCUUAUGGAAGCUGCUCCUCACUGUCCAGCGACCACUCGCUGCCAUUGCAGGACUGGCAAGCACCAGCAGCAUACGCACAAGUAUUCACCUCACCGGACCACCCUCGAUCCUUGUCUCUUGAUGAAAAGCCGACGGCCCGUAUUGCGCCAAUGGAUGCUCGCAUAGAUUUUGGUGGCUUGUACGGGGUACAGUCUAGAGCCAAGAAGAAGAAAGCCGGGAAAGCUGCUCCGGCAAAAUGGCCCGAGUCAGACAACGAAGGAAACGGGAACGCUGCUGGCAAUGGUGAAGAUGCUGGGGCUGGCGGCGGUGAUCAAGGCGGAAGCGCUGGUGGCGAUGGCGGCGGCGAUGACAACAACAAUGGGGGAGGCGGUGACGAGGAAGAGUGGGACUUUGGUGGCAGCAAGAAGAACAAGAAGAAGAACAAGAAGAAGCAAGAGGAGGAAGAAAAGAGAAGGCAGGAAGAGGAGGAGGAGCAGAAGCAGAAAGAGGAAGAAGAGGCUGCAAACCCAUUAAGCUGGGCUGACGAGGCGAAUAACGCUGCAGUGGAAGAUGACUGGACUACAAGUUUCACCACCAAAAAGGAUAAAAAGAAGAAGAACAAAAAGGGGAUCGACGAGCCCCUUCCUUCUGCUCCAGAUCCUCCAGGCGCGGCUUUCCAAGACAUCAGUCUAGAUGAUAGUGCCCCGAAGCUAGAAUUUAGUUUCGGUGGUACUGACAGCAAGAAGGAUGCGGGAAGCUUUGGUGCCUGGGGUAAAACAUGGGACUUUGGAUCACUCGAUACUGGAACGGGAAAAGUCGACGACAAGGCUUCUAAGAAGGAUAACGACAAGAAGGAGGAAUCGAGUGGGCUUGGAGAGACUAACCCCUGGUCUUUGAGCAACAAGUCGAAAAAGAAGACGACUACCUCGUACGGUUUCGAUUUUGGUGACCUGGAUUCAGGCGACAAAGGUUUCGCUCUUGAUGGAGACAUGGCCGACAGCAAGCCCACUGAUGAUGCUUGGGGAUUUUCCACCGUCAACAAGAAGGACAAGAAGAAGAAAGAUAAUGGAUUCAGUGAGACCACUGUGGUGGACCCAGGCUCAAAAGAGGACGACCUUCUGGGUGCUUGGGGGACCACGACCUCGAAGAAAGAUAAGAAAAAGAAAGGAUUUUACGAUGAAGAUCCUGCGCCGCCGCCUCCGCCACCAGCAGACCCAGAGCCUGUGGCUGCGGAGGACGAAUGGUCAGGUUUCACGACGAAGAAAGACAAGAAGAAAGGGAAAAAGGGCGUCAUCGAAGAACCUCCUGCUGACAUAAAGGAAACUGUUGCUGACAACGGAGCCAUGGACAAUACCUUCGAAUGGGGAUUUGGAACAGGCAAAAAGGACAAGAAGGCCAAAAAGGGUGCUUUCGGCGAUUUCAAUGACACUGAUGAUCUUCUAGCCACACCUGCUCCUGCCCAAGAGCCAAUCCAAGCAGUCGAUGACGGUGACGACUGGAUGUCUGGAGCUUGGGGAAAGAAGAAGGACAAGAAAGGCAAAAAGGCGGGUAUCGAAGAUUUGUCUGCUUCUGUCGACUUCGGGAGCACCGCUGAUGCUAAGACGACAACAAGUGAUACUCUGGCAGCUGAUGAGCCUAUAACGGGAAAGGGCAAAAAAGAUAAGAAGGGCAAGAAAGGCUUCGUCAUUGAAGAAGAGCCGCCACCGCCGCCAGUCGAGCCACCAGCCGAACCAGACGACAUUUGGUCCUCAAUCGGCAAAAAGGAUAAAAAGGGGAAGAAGGGUAAAGUAACCAGUCCUGAACCCUCGAUUCCAGAUCCUAUUGUCGAAAUUGAACCACUGGAGGAGACGGUCAAAGAAGAAUAUGCUGACACUACUGGGUGGGCAAAUCUUUCCGCAAAGGAGCGGAAAAAGAAAGAAAAGGAGGCUAGGAGAAAGGGACUGCUUAUUCCUGGCGACGAGCCUCCAGCUCCAGCGCCGGCUCCGGACCCAUUACCAGAGCCGGAACCUGAGAUGGAAGCCACCAAAGGAGAUGACUCUUGGGGUUUUGGUGGUUGGGGCACAUCCACCAAGGACAAGAAGAACAAGAAGAAAGGCUUCUUUGACUAUGAGGAGGAAGCUCCGCCGCCGCCGCCUCCAGAGCCAGAGCCGAUUCCGAGGGAGGAGCCGGAAUCGGCUUGGAGCUUUUCCAGCAAGGAUAAGAAGAAGGGGAAGAAAAAGGGACUUCUAGACGUGGUUGAAGAGCCACUACCUCCCCCUCCAGCUCCUGAGAUACAAGACAAGGAAGAUGAUACCUGGGGAGCGUUCACAACUUCGGCGAAGGACAAGAAAAAGAAGGAGAAAGACGCCAAGAAGAGCGGAUUUCUCGAUGUGCUCGAUGAGCCAGCCAUGCCCGAGCCCCACGUUGAACCUGAGUCCAAGGAUAAUGAUGUCUGGUCUCCAUGGGGUACUACUUCUUCCAGUGAUAAAAAGAAAAAGGCCAAAGACACCAAGAAAAAAGGCUUCUUGGAUAUUGACGAGGAACCCCCUCCACCCCCACCGGAGCCGGAACCUGCGCCAGUUGCAGAUGUUGUAGAAGAAGAUAGUUUCUUCGGGCUGUCGGCUAAAGAAAGGAAGAAAAAAGAGAAAGAAGCAAAAAGGAAGGGAGCCGCAGUCGCAAUCCCUGAACCCGAGCCUGAGCCUGAGCCUGAGCCUGUCAUCGAACCAGAGCCGGUGGAAGAAAAGACCGACAGUGCCUGGAGCUCUUGGGGGACGGCAAAGGAUAAGAAGAAAGCCGGCAAGAAGAAAGGAAUCACUAGCGAACUUCCCGAACCAGAACCUGUGCUCGAGCCUAUUGUAGAGCCAGAACCGGUAGAGGAAAAGAACGACGAUGGCUGGGGUUCCUGGGCCGUCUCAUCGAAAGACAAGAAGAAGGCGGCGAAGAAGAAAGGAGCAGCCACCGAAAAUCCGCCCGCCGAGCCCGAGCUCAUUAUCGAACCAGAACCAGCGGAAGAAAAGAUGGACGACACCUGGGGUUCCUGGGCCACGUCAGCAAAAGACAAGAAGAAGGGAGCCAAGGACUCGAAGAAGAAAGGUAUCGCCGAGGUCGAAGUGCCUCAACAGUCUGAUAAACCCGCGCCUCCUGCUGAAGAUGAUAUCUGGGGCUCCUGGGGAUCAAAGGAGAAGAAGGGCAGUAAGAAAUCAAAGGGCAAGGACGAGCUUCCUCCCCCAGCUCCAAGUCCUCCAGCUCAGGGUUUGACUCCGGAGCCUGAUCCGGUGGAAAUGAUGGAUGAUGACCUGGGCGGAGACACAUGGGCAGGUCUGACCAAAGUGAAAAGCAAGGCAUCGUCGAAAAAGAGCACGACUUCAAAGCUGUCAACAGGAAAGGACAAGACGAAGAAAAGCAAGGAGGCAGAUGAGUCUUUUGACUUUGCCCCGGCCGACGAACCGUUGCCAGACGUGACUCCAGUCAGCGCUACAAAGAGCAUGUGGGGUUUUGGUGCUUCGACUACAACCACCAAAUUAACGAAAAGGGAGGAGCUAAAGGCGAAGAAGGAAGCAGAAGAGAAGGCCAGACUGGAGGCGGAGGAACAGGCUAGAAAGGAAGAAGAGGAGAGGCUCGCUCGUGAGGCUGAAGAAGCUGCGAAGAACUCGAAAAAGAAGGCUACCAAAUCGUCCAAGACGGAGGCGAAAGCCAGCAAAGCAAAGGAUGCCGACGAGCUCAUUGACAUGUUCGGCGAGCCCACACAAGCCUCCAAAUCCGAGAAGGGGUCGAAGCUGAAAAAGACAUCGUCCAACAAAGAGGAAAAGGCUGAAGACAAGAAAGAGGACGACUAUUUUGGCUUCUGGGGUAGCGCGUCAACAUCCAAGAAGACAGCUGGCAAGAAGGACUUGGACUCACAAAAGGAAAUUACCCAGCAGGGGUGGCCCGAUCAGGAUGACGCGCUAGCCGACUUCUCGAGAGAUCUGGACUCGGGAUUUGACUUUGAAAAGCCUUCUUCUACUUCCAAGGCCGCAAAGGCAAUGCUCACCUCGACAAAGACCAAAACCAGCUCCUCUGUCGCCGAUCGCAUCAAGGCUCUGGAGGGCAAAAAAGAAGAGAGCAAGAAAAAGUCCAAGGCCGAAGCUUCGCUGACUAAGGAAUUGCCUCCACUAGACGACGCGCCAUCGCCGAAAGAGGAAAGGACGUAUAUUGACAAGGCCCCAGCCUCAAAGACGAAGACAGCUUCUGCCAGCAAGACGACCAAGGCCUCCAAGAAAGACGCGUCGCUGGUCACAGAAGAGAAGAGAUCAAAAGACUCCAUCCCUGGCAGCUUCCCUGGCGCGUUUGGUGACGACGACGACUUUCUCGACGACGUCCUCGACCUAUCGCCCACAUCACCUGAAAAGCCCAAGGCGAAGGCCACCACUGUUGGGAAAAAGAGUGCCAAAUCCAAGACGACCACACCCAAGGAGUCAGCGACAAACGACAUAGGCCUAUUUGAGGGAGAGACAGCGCCUAAGGCCCCCUCCCCGCCCAUCGAAGACAAGAAAUCAUCCAAGAAGGAACGGCCCAGAGUUGAACGAUCCGCAACCACUUCUUGGGGAUUCUGGGGUGCAGCACCUCCGGCGAAGAAAGCUACCAAAGACAAAUCAAAAGACGAGGACGACAUGCCGCCGCCACCACCAAAGAAGGAGAAAUCACCAACCGGCCUGACCAGGACCAAGUCCACUCGGACUCCGAAAGAAAAGGAACUGGAGGACAGGAAAGAAGCUGAAAAGCUCUCCAAGUCAUCUGGAUCUGAUAAGGAGGCCAAGUCCAAGAAGGCCGAGAGACCAAAGGCCGCGCGUGGUACCUCGUUUUCGAACUUCAUGUUUGGAGGGCCACCGCCGUCGGCUAUGCCGCGUUCCAAGACCACCAGUCGAAGACCAAGCAGUGCGGGCAGUUCAAGGCCGUCGUCUCGCCGUCAAUCCAUUGAUGGUUUCGCGUCUCCUCCACCUGAGGAUGAACCCCAGGUCACCGACAAAGCCGCCAAGCUCAUGGGAAUGAAGUCUAGCAAGGUCGAACGCCGUCCAUCGGUGAAGAGGAAAUCUUCAGCUGUUCCAGACCCAUACCCCAUUGACGAUGAUGACAUGGUCAUGAUCCAUACCAACGACGAUCCUCCGGUUGUGAAUAGCGUGGCUGUCCCACAAAAUCCAAAGUCUAGGUCCUCCAGAUCAAAGAAAGAGGUAGGUGCACGACCCUCCUCGUUAAAUCUAGGCCACGUGUUCCGCCCGUCCUGGUCGCCGGAUUUCGAUAAAGAACUUCAUGCUGACGGACGGGUUUCCUUUACGCAGAUCAAGUCACACAGCAAAAAUAUCUCUCAGGACGAUGAUGUUGUCAUGGUCGAGAGCCCUACACAUGCAGACCCCUUGGUGACAAGCGGACCCGACGACAUGGCGUUUGUAGAUCAUCCGCCUGCAUUGAAGAGAAGCAACACUGCCCCGAGAAAGUCGACAGGGUUUUUUGGCAGCUUCUUUGGCAGUUCUCGUUCUUUUGACGGGGACAGACAGCGACAUCGGAGCUACACUCUGACAGAUGGGGAAGACCUACCUAUCAGGCCCAAAGAUAAAACAAAGAGGCGUUCCCGAGUUGUGGACGGGGACGAAUUCACCACAGAUGCGCCCGCUGAAACAGAUGCCGACAUGGAAGCUCGACGGGCUGAAAGAAGGGCCAAACGUGAAGCGCGUGACCAGGCAGAAGAAGCCGAUCGCGUCGAGCGGGAGCUCAAACGGAAGGAAAGAAGAGAGCGUGAAAAGGCGGAUCUCGAAGCUCGUCAACGCAAAGCUCGGGAGCGUGAAAGACGAGAACAAGAGGAGGAAGAGAAGCGUCGCGAAGAAAAGCGGGCUAGACGUGCCGCCCGAGAAGCACGCGCGGCACAAGAAGAGGCAGAGGCGAACGCAGAAGCCGACCGCCGGCGGGAAGAGCGCCGGCGACUCCGUGCGCAGCUCGAGGCUGAGCAAGGAGUCAAUCGCGAUAUUUCGAAAGACGAUCGUCGCAGAUCAUAUUAUGCAGAAGAGGAGGAAAGACGAAAGCGGAAAGAACCGAAAGAUGAUCGGAAACACAAAGACAAAGAGAGGUCGAGCCGCAAGAGAUCCAGCGUCCUGGUUGAAGAAUAUCACGAAUCUCGAAGUGGCAGCGGUAAAGGAAUCGCACCCCCAGCCAACAAGACCAGCUCAUGGGUCAACUCUCAAGCUGACGAGCCACCCGACCUCCCACCUGUAGAGGGCACAAUCCUCGAUCCGAGUGGCGAAAAGCCACGAGCAGCGGACGAGGGGCCCGGGGCUAAACGCAAUGGUCGCCAUCGCGACAAAUAUGCAGGGAUGACGGACGCAGAAAUCGAAGAAUACCGUGCUCGCAAGAAGAACUCGCGUCGCGCCGAGGGCAAAUCCGCCAGUGGAGGCAGUGACGAGCGAGACAAGGAGCGAGAUCGAAGAGAACGACGUCGGCGCAGAGACCGCGAACAGUCUGAUGGUCGCGGCUAUGGCUAUGAGGAGGCGCCCGUCAAAACUUGGGACGGGCGUCCAGCACUCGGCGGCAAGAAUGACAGCAAGAGGAGGAGCUUCCUCGGAGGUCUUUUCUGA